CUCUCGCGAGAGGCGCGAGGCGUGGAGUCGACGGCUGGGGAGAAGCCGGGAGCGAGCCCGGGCGGCAGGAUCUGCAAGUUCGGGGAAGGCUGGUGCCCUUCAUUCUGACAUUACUGAAUGCCAAGCUCUGGAUGGCUCAAGGAGGUCACGGUCCAGCCACUAACAGAGCACUUCACCGGGUGUCAUCAGAGAAGGCUUAGUAGGAAGAAUCUUGAUUCUCUUUUAGCCAGCAGUUUUUAGGUCCGUCAGUACUGCACUGCAAGAAUGGCAGAUUUUGGGAUCUCUGCUGGCCAGUUUGUGGCAGUGGUCUGGGAUAAGUCAUCCCCAGUGGAGGCUCUGAAAGGUCUGGUGGAUAAGCUUCAAAUGUUAACUGGCAAUGAGGGCCACGUGUCUGUGGAAAACAUCAACCAGCUGUUGCAGUCUGCCCACAAAGAAUCCAGCUUUGACAUUAUUUUGUCGGGUUUAGUCCCGGGAAGCACCACUCUGCACAGUGCUGAGAUUUUGGCUGAAAUCGCCCGGAUCCUUCGGCCUGGUGGAUGUCUUUUUCUGAAAGAGCCAGUAGAGACAGCUGUAGAUAACAAUAGCAAAGUGAAGACAGCAUCUAAGCUGUGUUCAGCCCUGACUCUUUCUGGUCUUGUGGAAGUGAAAGAGCUGCAGCGGGAGCCCCUAACCCCUGAGGAAGUACGGUCUGUUCGAGAACACCUUGGUCAUGAAAGUGACAACCUGCUGUUUGUUCAGAUCACAGGCAAAAAACCAAACUUUGAAGUGGGUUCUUCUAGGCAGCUUAAGCUUUUCAUCACCAAGAAGUCUUCUCCUUCAGUGAAGCCUGCUGUGGACCCUGCUGCUGCCAAGCUGUGGACCCUCUCAGCCAACGAUAUGGAGGACGACAGCAUGGAUCUCAUUGACUCAGAUGAGCUGCUGGAUCCAGAAGAUUUGAAGAAGCCAGAUCCAGCUUCCCUGCGGGCUGCUUCUUGUGGGGAAGGGAAAAAGAGGAAGGCCUGUAAGAACUGCACCUGUGGCCUUGCCGAAGAACUGGAAAAAGAGAAGUCAAGGGAACAGAUGAGCUCCCAACCCAAGUCAGCUUGUGGAAACUGCUACCUGGGCGAUGCCUUCCGGUGUGCCAGCUGCCCCUACCUUGGGAUGCCAGCCUUCAAACCUGGGGAAAAGGUGCUUCUGAGCGAUAGCAAUCUUCACGAUGCCUAGGAGGUUCCUGACAUGGGACCCAUCUGCUCCUCCAGCCAACUCCUGUCCCUCACAUCCCACCAUGGUGGCUUCUCCCACCUCCUCUGGAUUUGUUCACUCAGAUCUAUUUGCAGAGUGGGUGCUUAGCAGACAGAGUGAAGCUGGCUGGGGGGCACAGUGGUGUAUAGUGCUGCUGUGUAUCAAAAGACCAAGGUAUUAUGGGGCCUGGUUACUCAGAAUGGGAUGGGUUUCUUCACCUCAUGUUAAGAGAAGGGAGUGUGUCAUGAAGAAGCCCUUCUUCUGAUGUUAAAAUGCUGACCAGAACGCUCUUGAGCCCAGGCAUCCUUGAGCAUUAACACUCUGUGACAGAGCUGCAUACCCCUGCCUUGAGUCUCAUCUCAGCAAUGCUGCCACCUGCUUGUCUUUCAGAGUUGUUAGUUUACUCCAUUCUUUGUGACAUGAGUCAGCAAGUGUCUCACAACCUCCUCAGGGCACCAGAGGACUCACUCACUGGUUGCUGUGAUGAUAUCCAGUGUCCCUCUGCCCCCUUCCAUCCCCAACCACAUUUUACUGUAGCAUUGCAUCUGUGUCCUAUUGUCAUUUAUGUUAACCUUCAGGUAUUAAACUUGCUGCAUAUCUUGA